GUCAAGUACGGAUAAGCACAGAGUCACUUCGCGCUCCGGACUGGAGGCGCCCUGCUUAUCUCCCGUUCAGCCACUGUGGCGUGGACACAUGUUCUUGGCGCACCGCAUUCGUUCACGUGCUGUCGCCUCGGCGGAGGCGGCGAAGGAGCCUUUCAACAUUCAACAUCGCGAUCGUCUCGAGCCCGAUCUUCCAUUGCGACGUGCCGACUCAUCUAACUCGGCACUUUGUUUGGUGCGGAGUGUCGCACUGUAUCAAAGCAUAAUAUGAGCGACCAAAAGCGAAUAAGGGACUUUGUCUCCGGACUUGCCCUCGCUGCUGCCGGGGCGAUAUCGGCGUAUUAUGUGUAUCAAGAGCUCCUCAGGCCAUACCUCGACAAACUACUCGACCCCGACCGAGAGAAGAACGAGCAAACCAGGUUAAAAGCCCAGGCGAACCUCCAGAGGAUACGACGAAAACAGGCCGAAGCGGUAGGCGAAGGCGACGAUGGGACAGACUGGUCGCGACAAACAGCCAGGUUGGAGGACCUUGUUCUCAACGACUACGAAAACCAGGUAGCCCUCGAGGUUGUUGCGCCAGAAGACAUUCCGGUCGGCUUCGACGCCAUUGGCGGCCUGGAGGACAUCAUCGAAGAGCUCAAGGAGGCGAUCAUCUAUCCAUUAACAAUGCCGCAUUUGUACAGUCACGGCGGGGCGCUGCUGGCGGCGCCCUCUGGCGUCCUACUGUACGGACCCCCGGGCUGCGGGAAGACGAUGCUGGCCAAGGCCGUGGCCCACGAAAGCGGCGCCUCCUUCAUCAACCUACACAUCUCGACUUUGACGGAAAAAUGGUACGGCGACUCCAAUAAGCUGGUCCGCGCCGUCUUUUCUCUGGCACAGAAGCUGCAGCCCGCCAUCAUUUUCAUCGAUGAGAUUGACGCUGUCCUGGGCACACGGAGGAGCGGGGAGCACGAGGCGAGCGGCAUGGUCAAGGCCGAAUUCAUGACCCUUUGGGACGGUCUUACCUCGACAAACGCCGCCGGCGUUCCUAAUAGGAUUGUUGUGCUUGGGGCCACCAACAGGAUCAACGAUAUCGACGAGGCGAUCCUCAGGAGAAUGCCCAAGAAGUUUCCCGUGCCGCUUCCUGGGAUGGAACAACGGCGACGCAUAUUGCAGCUGGUACUAGGCAACACAAAGCGCGACCCCGAGAACUUUGACCUCGACUACAUUGCGAGGGUGACAGCAGGCAUGUCUGGCAGCGACAUCAAGGAAGCAUGCCGCGACGCGGCCAUGGUGCCCAUGAGAGAGUACAUCCGCCAAUACCGGGCGUCAGGCGGAGCCAUGUCGCAUGUGAAUCCCGACCACGUCAGGGGUAUCAGGACCGAGGAUUUCUUUGGCCGCAGGGGCGGGCGAGUCGUUGCCGAAACACAGUCGCGCCAGGUGAACGUCUCCGAUGCGCCCAGUGACGAAUAUGAGGAAAUGGAAGAAGAGGAAGGCGACCAAAUCACUUCCUCGGCAUAAUCCAGCGUCCAAUUCCUGUGCACCGCAACAUCAGUCCCUUUUUUGCCUACGUUACCUGUGGACAUGACUGUAAGACUUGAUGGACGACACGGCAUACCUACCGGCACGCAAACGAGUAACAGUUAUAGAACAUACCUAGAUAAAUGGAC